CCAAAAUAAUUUUUUCUUUUUAUUUGAACGGCACCUCCAAAAUAAAUAUCUCACAAAUCCACUCACUUCUUCUUUCUCUCUCCUCUCUCUCUCUCCGUUUUCCGAUUCACAAUCAUCGCCGGAGAGUCGAAUAAGAGACUCCCUGUUCUUCGAUUCAUCUCCGACUUGGUUUAUGAGCUCGAAGGAGAAGCCCACGCUAGGUGGACAGCGGAUCAAGACCCGCAAACGGAAUAUUGCAGCUCCUCUGGACCCUGCAGCAUUUGCGGAUGCAGUGGUCCAGAUUUACUUGGAUAAUGCUGGUGAUCUGGAACUAAUUGCAAAGAGCAUUGAAUCUUCAGACCUUAACUUCAGCAGAUAUGGUGACACCUUUUUCGAGGUUGUUUUUACUGGAGGGCGUACUCAACCUGGAACAACUAAGCCUGACGAGGGGGAGCGCCACCCGUAUUCCAUAUUAGACUGUGAGGCUAAACGUGAACAAAUACUGCCUUCUGUAAUCUACAUUCAGAAGAUUUUGAGGCGAAGGCCUUUCUUAAUAAAAAAUCUUGAAAAUGUCAUGCGGAGAUUUCUUCAGUCGCUCGAGUUCUUCGAGGAUAAUGAGCGAAUUAAGCUGGCGAUUUUCACCGCACUUGCUUUUUCCCAGAAGCUCUCUGGUCUGCCGCCAGAGACUGUCUUCCAGCCGCUUCUUAAGGAUAACCUAGUCGGAAAAGGGCUUGUUCUUACUUUCAUUACCGAUUUUUUCAAGGAAUAUCUGAUUGAUAAUAGCCUUGAUGAUCUUAUUUCCAUCUUGAAACGUGGCAAAAUGGAGGAUAAUUUGCUUGAUUUCUUUCCGUCUGGGAAACGAUCUGCCGAAGCUUUCUCUGAGCAUUUCACCAAGGCAGGCAUGGCUUCGUUGGUUGAAUACAACGACAAGAAGAUCUUCGAGGUGAAGGUGAAAGAAAUGAAAUCCGCUUUAACAACGCAGAUAUCGGAGGAAGCUGAUCUCUCUGAAGUGACAGAAACCGUGAAACAACAUGUUAAAGAUGCUAAGUUGCCUGAAAUUGAGGUUGUGAGGAUUCUGUGGGAUGUUUUGAUGGAUGCUGUUCAAUGGUCAGGGAAGAACCAACAGCAGAAUGUUAACCUUGCUCUCCGACAGGUGAAAACAUGGGCGAAGUUACUUAACACAUUCUGCACAAGUGGAAAGCUUGAGCUAGAACUGCUUUACAAGGUUCAAGUUCAGUGUUAUGAAGAUACGAAAUUAAUGAAACUGUUCCCUGAAAUUGUGAGGUCUCUUUACGACCAAGAUGUUCUUGCUGAGGACACUAUACUUCAUUGGUUCCGUAAAGGAACCAACCCAAAAGGAAGGCAAAGCUUUGUGAAGGCAUUGGAGCCAUUUGUGAAGUGGCUGGAAGAGGCAGAAGAGGAGGAAUAAGACGGUGAGUCUUGUAUACGCCUAUCUUAUGUUUUUUCCACAAUCGGUGUGUCAAAACCUGAAAUUUUCUGUCUGUACUUUUAAUUUGUCAAAAAGUGUAAGGUUGUUUGGAUUGAUUCCAAUAAUUGGUGUUUGUUGACUUAAUCCUAUUGAAGCAUACCAGUAACUUUGGUUA